CGCUGAAUCAGUCCCCGAGUUCAUCCAUAGGACACUACAGGGUUAACCAGUAACCACAUGCCCUCGCCCCACCCACAAAGCCAUUACAGCCCAUGUCCAGGCCAAGGGAGUGUCACAGGCUAACAUGGGCGUCCGGGAAGAGGUGAUGUCCCGAUAUCCUCACUCAGCCCAACCGCACCUGGGCAGCCUGAGCCCCUUCUUGCUCACCUGCACGGCCUACUUCUUCCUCUGGAUCCCUGAGGACCCGCCGUCCAGGGUGGGCGCCCUGGUCAAGUGCCUGCCGGUGCUGUGCCUGGUGGGGCUCCUGCGGACGAGCCCCGGCUCCGGCUCUGGCUCCCGCCUGCAGGUGGCCCUGCUCUUCUCAGCCCUCCGGGAUGUCUUCCUCAUCUGGCCCGAGAACUUCCUCUAUGGCUGCGUCGCCUGCGCCAUGGCCCAGCUGCUCUAUGUCCGGGCCUUUGGGUUGAGACCCCUGCGGCCCGACCUCCUGCUGCCCAUCAUCCUGGCCUCCCUCCCGUUCUCCGGCCUCCUGCUGCUGCACUUCUCCUCAAGCCUGGUCCUGCCCCUGUCGGCCUACGUGCUGGCCCUGUCCACCGUGCUGUGGCGCGACCUGUGCCCCUUCCACCUGCUGUCCAUCUUCCUGGCCUCCCUCCCGUUCUCCGGCCUCCUGCUGCUGCACCUCCCGCCAGACCUGGUGCUGCCGGUGUCGGCCUUCAUGCUGGCCCUGUCCACUGUGCUGUGGCGCGGCCUGUGCCCCUUCCACCUGCUGUCCAUCUUCCUGGCCUCCCUCCCGUUCUCCGGCCUCCUGCUGCUGCACCUCCCGCGAGACCUGAUGCUGCCCGUGUCGGCCUACGUGCUGACCCUGUCCACCAUGCUGUGGCGGGGCUUGGCCAGGGGCGGGAGCGCCCGCUGGGGAACCCUGCUCUUCGCCGCCUCCGACUCCCUGUUGGCCUGGCACACCUUCAUCCAGCCCCUGGCCCACGGCCGCCUGCUGAUCAUGUACACCUACUACGCCGCCCAGCUCUUCAUCACCCUGUCGGCCUUCCAGAGCCCCAAGCUCAAGACUGACCGACCAGGGGCCUGACGGGCCGGCGUCUGCCUGCUCCCCUCCUGCAGGGGCCCGGGACCAGACGCCCGUGGGGGCUGGAAGCAGGCUCGCAGACUCGCCUGCAGGCCUCCGUCCACCUGUGGGAACCAUUUGCAGAAUUCCAGAUGCACCGUCGAGUUCCGAACGCCUUCCCUCGGUUCUGAUUCCGGGUUCCAGGCCCAGGCUGGGCCUCCCCAAGCCCCGCCCGCUCCUGAAACCACCGGGGCCCCCGAGUCUGUAGGAAAGCACGGGAGACUCGGCUGGAAAGUCUGUAAGGAGGAAAUUCCGAAAAGGGACGUGGGCUGAAGGCAGACACGCUGUUUAUCAGAAUUCCGACUUGGAGUUUGGCCAAAGCGGCCGCCCCUAAUUGUUCCGUGACCUUUCCCGCCAAGUCCGUGCACCUGCGGCCCCCCAGGUGUUUUCCGGAAUCCUUAUGCUUAAUCUUCGGGUGUCCUUGCCUAGAGGACAGUGCAGACACAUGUGCCCUCCCAAGAUUGCCCUACUGACUGUUUCUAAAAGGUAAACUGUAUCUAAACGGCUGCUGCAAUAAAAGCCUGAGGAGGCAGGCGAACGGGGCUGUCUGGUUCCUUCAGCCAGGCUGUCCCUUAGCCUUCUCUUUCACAGCAGCCGUG